CCGAUUUUUAAUUGUGGAAAAAGGGAAAUGGAGAAAGAGAAAAGUAAUUGAUUUGAGAAAAAUGCUAAAAAGUAUGAGUACGAAAAACUUCAAAUUGAACUGAAAUUGACUCAGAGAGAGCUCAAGCAUAAAGAAAAUCAAAGAGUAAAAGAAGUUGCCCUUCUUGAACAAAAGAUAGAGCUACAAAAAUAAUGAAAUUCAUGAUUUAAAAAGUCAACAGCAAACCCAGAAAGAUCUAUACGAUACUAUGGUGAGAUCUAUAAACGCUAUCAACGGACCAAGUACCACAGAGCAGGAGUGCCUUUCAAUGAUUAAAGACCUCAAAGAAAAACAUGAGAGACAAAUUAUCGAGACAGUUAGUCAUUACACCCAAAAAUGUGAUAAACUCUAUACUUACAUAAAAGAGUCCGAGAGAAUGCAGGAUGACCUUGAAUCUCAAUGGAAGACACAAAAGCGUGAGCUCAAGCUUUCUCAUCAAAUGGAGAUGGAAAACCUUCAAGAAAAGUACAAAUAAACAGAUAUCCAAAAUAAAGAAGAAACUUGUCAGCAAAACUAAAGAAGCAACGUACAGAUCCGACAGUGUUUCCAAGAUCCAGCAAGUCACAGAAAGAAACAUAAUGGAGAUUGAGCAAUUGAGACAAUCAGUUGCUAAUAAGGACUUGUUGUUGAGAGAUAAUAACGACCAAAUAACCUGCCUCAAUAACAAGAUCCAUGGGUUAAGAACAAUCAUCAGUGAGCUGAGAGUGGUUGAGCAAAAGUAUUCCCAACUCUUAGAAAGACCUCAAUUUUCAACAGAAACUUUUGAGGUCAAUAAUCCACCUUGUGAAAAUAUGUAUAUGGAUGAUUGCAAAAGGAAGGCUACUAAAAGUUGUAAAUAAAGUAAAGAGCAAGCACAUCAAGACUUCAAGAGGCAUUGAGCAGAUGAAUAUCUAUGACGAACAAUCCGUCUCAAAGCAAAGUACUAAGAAAGGAAAGAAAAAGAAGAAGCAUGGGAAUCUCAAGAUUAAUAUCAAAGAGAAUAACCCUCCUGGGACAGUAGUCCCUCAGAGUACUCAGGGUCAUACUAAUAUGAGCCCGUUGAUGCAGAAUUAUACCUUUCAGGAGAAAAUGAAACACCAGGAGCAGAACCUAGUUGAGAGGAUGAAUAGAAUAGAGUCUAUUAUUACAAGCAGAAAUAGUUUUGAUAGACUUCCAGAUAAGUCUUAUCGCCCAUUACUCUCCCAGAAUGACUACAAUUAUGAUUAUAGUGUGAAUUAUGCCGUUAGCACAAGGAGAGGAACAGUAUCUCCUCUAUCAUCUCAUAGAAUGACUUCAUACAACACUGCUAAUUCAAGUAUUUGCCCCAAUAGCUCACCUAAGCGUCAGCCUCUUCCUGCUCAUAACCAAAUGCGGCUUUGUUAG